AUCUGUUUUACAUACACGUCUUCUAAACAAUUAUUUGAUACUUAAAAAUAGUUUAUUUUCAACCUUACAUCACUGUAAUAGAAGCGAGUAUAUUAAUUUCGGUCGCACAUAACACCAAGCCAAGGUCUGGGUCUCCAGAAAUAAAUAUUACUCCAGAAUCAAAUGGUGCCAAGUUUUACGUUGUGUCGUCAGUCAAUUGAAGAAAAUCGUCGCAGAUGGACAAUCGUGUAAAGUGCCAGUGCGAAAAGUGUUUAUGUGCGUAUUAAUAAACAAUUAAUUCAUAUCACACUUUUUUAUCAUAAUCUGUGAUUAACAUAUUCGAAUUUCAAAUUUUGGCGGCAGCGAAAAAAAUGGAAGACGAUUAUUACCACGUGGUGACAAGGAUGGAAGACAUAACCGAGCAGGACGACAGACACCUAGCGGGCGCGCGGAAAGAAAUAAGAAAUGAUUUGCACAUUAUUAUACCCGAAAACCCGUUCCCUGAUGAAGAAGUGGACGCAUACCCACCUCUAAAAUACUCCUGGGUAAUUCCCGAAAAACUUGCAGCCAUGGCGUUUCCACGGCACAAGGAGAAUUUACAGUUUUUGGUUAACCAAGGCAUAACACACCUGAUAACACUGACGGCGGGAAAAAAGCCGCCGAUAGACGAUAUACCAAGAUUGCGGUGGACGGAGAUACCCGUCGAAGAGUUCGGAGUCCCCACGGUAGAGCAAAUCGAGAAAUUUGUUGAUAUUUGUAAGAAAGCUGAUAAAAAUGGAGAGGUACUCGGUAUCCAUUGUCGUCAAGGACGCAGCAGAUCUGGUGUGAUGCUGGCUUGUUAUUUGGUACACUUCCACAGAUUCCACCCUGAGCAAGCGUUAAACGUCAUUCGGAUGAUACGACCAGGUUCCUGUGACUUUGGCGAUCAAGAAGAGGCUGUCGGCAGAUAUUACGAACGACUAACAGAAAACAAUCCUUUAAGAUUUGGUGUUAGCGGCGAUGUUAUGGAAGAAUUUAUAGAGGCAGCUAAGGAAUAUACUAAGAAAAUGCUUUAGUUGCAAGUUUUAAGCUAAUU